UAUUCUCUCAAACAAACUCCUCCACCUGGCUCUUAUCCAAAAAUUUUCCUCACCCAAAGUCUUCACUCUCUCUCUCUUUAUAACCUAUUCCCAAUCCGCGGCGAACCUCCGCCGACUGCACCAGAAAUUUCCAUGGCUGUUCCCCAUUUUCCCUUCCUUCUUCUUCUUCUCUCUUCCUUAACCCUCUUCCAUGGCCAAACCUUCUCUCUCGUCAUCCCCCUCACUAAAGAUUCCCUCACCAAUCAGUAUGUAGCCACUGUUUUCCAUGGCUCUCCGAUUAAGCCCGUCCAUCUCGCCGUUGAUCUUGGCGGCCAGUCUCUCUGGAUGGCUUGUGGUGGAUCUUCUUCCAGCCGUUCGAUUCCCAGCCGCUCUAUUCAGUGUAUUGCGGCUACUGGUGGGGGUAGAUCUGGGUCUGUUGGUGGCGCGUGUGAUGUAAUCGCUGGGAAUCCCUUUGGGGAUUUGGAAGGGAAGGCGAUUCUGGUUGAGGAUACGGUGGCCGUCAGGUCUUUGGACCGGUCUACGGCAGCGGUGAUUGUCGCUCUUCAUUCUUGUGCUCCGAGAUUUCUUUUACAAGGUUUGGCGAAAUCUGUUAAAGGGGUUCUAGGGCUUGGCCGGAAUCAAAUCUCGCUUCCGGCUCAGAUCGCGACGGAGCUUGGUUCUCACCGGCGGUUUUCCCUUUGUCUCUCGUCGACGAACGGUGUUGUUUUUCCGGAUAGUGGAAGUCAAGACUCUGUUUAUGGAUCUGAGAUUUCGAGUUCUUUGACUUACACGCCGAUUUUGACCAAGAAAAUCGACGCCUUGCAGUCGCCGGAGUAUUUUAUUAAUGUAAAAGCCAUUAAAGUAGAUGGUAACCGCCUCGAUUUGAACAAGUCCUUGCUCGAUUUAGAGGGGGUAGGCGACGGAGAAGGUGGAGGAGGGACAAGAUUAAGUACGGUUGUUCCGUACACUGUUUUAGAGAGUUCAAUCUUUAACUCUUUGACGGCGGCUUUCAGGGCGGCAGCAGCAGCGAUGAAUAUGAAAGAAGUGGCGCCAGUAGCGCCGUUUGAGGUGUGUUUUGAAUCGGAAAACAUGGAGAUGACGGCAGCAGGGCCGAAAGUGCCGGAGAUUGAACUGAUCUUACAGAGCGAGAUGGUGGGAUGGAAAAUCUAUGGAAGAAAUUCAAUGGUGAAGGUUAACGAUGAAGCUUAUUGUUUAGGGUUUGUUGAUGGUGGAUUGAAGCCGAGAAACGCCAUCGUUUUGGGAGGGUAUCAAAUGGAGGAUAUCGUUCUUGAUUUUGACAUGGGAACUUCUAUGCUCGGAUUUAGCUCCUCUUUGUUACAGAGGAAGAGAUCUUGCUCGGAAUUUUCGCCGGUAAAUUUACUGGAAAGUACGGGAUGAUUUGGGGAAGAAGAUGAAACUUCAACCAGGGGUUAAAUUUUGAGGGUUUUUUUUUUUUUUUUUUUUUUUUUUUUAAUUUUGUGGAAAAUUAGAAUUUUGCUGUGUACUAUGGGAGGAUAUAUAUAUAUUUUUUCCUUUUUUGGUGCAAUAUUUUGAGAUAUCUAUUGUACUUUUUUGUUGUUGUUAUGAUUUAUGAUAAUUAACAUAAAAAGAAUUAUAAUUGAGAUCGAAUUUUGGUAUUUA